AACCCGCGGCGUAAACGUGGCUUUCGAGAAGGCGUGGACUGGCGUGCGUGCGUGCGCUUUCGAAACAGUCGGCAACUUAUCCUGUUGUGCACCGUCGGUGUCAUAUCGCUGCGUAUAGUCGUGUUGCAGCUCGGCACAUCGACAGUGCGCCGGUCGCGUCGGGCCGCUCCUAGUGCUGCUGCUUGCCAAAGUGUUCUGACGUGAUGGGCUUGAACUGCGUUAAGGCUACGACAAAUUAUUUCUUCGAAUAUGACACUCUGAAAGUCGUCCACAUCGGCAACAAAAAGAUCGGCGUGCUCAACAGGCUCAUUCAGCUCUUCAUCUUGGGAUACAUAAUCGGGUAUGUCAUCGUCUAUCAAAAAGGGUACCAGGAGUUCAGCACCUUCACUGCAGCUACAACAACAAAAGUCAAGGGUGUUUUGUCGACAAAAAAUAUAUCUGACGAUGCAUUUUACCCAUUUCUCAAGAACAAGUCUGUCUACAAGCGCAUCUGGGAUAUUGCAGACAUAGUUGUCCCACCACAGGAAACCAACCAAUUUUUUGUGACGACAAAUUUGAUUAUAACACCAAGCCAGGAAAUGAAGACAUGUCCAGAGGAUCCGGCUAUUAAAGAUGCCCAUUGCAAGAAUGAGAAUGAUACCACAUCCUGUACACCAGGGAAGCCCCUCUUGAUAGGAAAUGGUGUCAUGACAGGGCGUUGCAUAAGGGCUGCAAAGCCAAAUGAUACGCUACAUGUGUGUGAGAUUUAUGGCUGGUGCCCCGUGGAGCAAGACUUUGGACCAUUGCGGAACGGCUCGGCAUUGUUGUCUGACGUUCGAAACUUCACGGUGCUCAUCAAGAACUACAUUGAGUUUUCACUUUUUCAUGUUAGAAGGAGCAAUGUCCAUGAUGUUGAAAACUCUACAUAUCUUAAAUACUGUCGAUAUCAUCCUGAAAAGGAUCCCCACUGCCCUGUAUUCCGGAUUGAGGACAUGGUAGAUGCUGCGGGUGAAGAUUUUGAUGAUGUUUCUGUCAAGGGUGGUGUAAUACAGGUGCUUAUAUCAUGGGAUUGCAACUUGGACUUUGAUAUAAAGUACUGUGUUCCCAAAUAUUCUUUUCUGCGCCUGGACGACCCUAAUGCUGCAUUAGCUAAGGGUUGGAAUUUUAGGUACCCCAAGUACUAUAACGAGAAGGAACGCAGCCUGGUUAAAGCGUACGGCAUCACUUUUGUAAUCCUAGUUCAAGGCAGGGCUGGAAAGGCCAGUCCUAUUCCUAUCGCCAUCAACAUAGGAUCUGGUCUUGGGUUGAUGGUUGUGGCCACUGUACUGUGUGACCUUGUUGUUCUUAACUGCCUGAAGCGUCGGGAUUUGUACAAGUCUAAGAAGUACAAGUUUGUUACGAGCGAGGAGAACUAUAACGGAUACACAAACCAGUCAUUCUCUUAGCUCAUUCAAAAAUUUGUGCCCAAAGAAUGCUGAGGACGAUUAGAAGAGAUUUUUGUGUUUGUGUAAUUAUGCAAUCAAGUGCCUCUACUAUGUAGCAUUUUGGCAGCUGGACCAGUGUUAAUCUUUCACAUCUCGUUUGUUCAUAACUGCCGAUGGGUGUUACAUUAUUCUUGCAUUUCAAGACAUGUAGGACUUCAUUGAUAUAGUGUGACAAUGCUCCCAAUGUGUUUACCUCAUAUCUUGGGCAAUGAAGUUUAUUUGCUAAAUUUAUUUUAAAAGCUAGUUAGGUAAUUUGCUUUAUAUGACUUUAUUAACGGAAGCCUUUCUUUGUGCCUUAAUAAAAAACUGUGCUACUAUUCCCUGCAUUUCAUUAAAGAACAAUAGUGAGGAAUAUUAAAUACUAUUAAACUGGGUAUCUAUGGCUGCUUUUACCACGAGAGAAGGCAUUAUGAAGCGGACAAUGGGAAACAUGAAAAUGCAGUAGCCCACAUUGUACUGUAGUGCUCACACCUGGUCGCCGCGAUAUCAUAGAUUUUGAUGGCAUCAAGCCAGGUCUUGUGGCAUUUUAAGGAAAACGAAACAGUCAUGUUAAUGUAAAAAAAGAAGACAACCACCCGGUUGUAGCAUGACGCCACAAGUAAAUUUGUACAGAUUUCUCGGAAAGAAAAGCUUCUUAGUUGACGAGAAAUUUGUCCUGGUCUAGGGAUCAAACUCGGGACCAACGCCUUUCUGGGGCAGUCGCUCUACCAAUUGAGCUAACCAGGAGUUUAGUGAGCUAACCAGGAGAAGAUGUAAUUACUCUUUUUUUCUUAACCCUUUCACCACCUUGUGGGUUUCUACAGAGCUCAUUUACAUUAACAGUCAACUUAGUUUUCGAGCUUUUCUUUGCAAAAACAAUCCAACAUGCAAUAACAUACCAUGACACCUGUGGUUGACAUAUUGAGGCUGUCACAUUGACAUUUCAAGAAAAAAAGCAGAACUUCAGAGGAAGUCGAAAGCUUGAAAAUACGAAUAAUUGUUACGAACAUUGACGCCGGCCGCAGGGAAACUCAAGGUUCAUUAAUUUUUCACUUUGACAUUUAAAUAGGGAUGAAAAUUCAAAUUAAUUAAAAAGCUAGCUGGAAGAUUGGUACUGGACUGCUAUUGUAUAGUGCUCUCAUUUGAAUGUACUUGUUUAUAACUUAUUAAUUAAGCAAUACGAUAUCAUGGCAUGUGUGAGUGCCUUCACUAAACUUUAUUCCAUCAAUAAUUAUUGACAUGGCGAAAUCCAAAUUGGCUUUAAUAAAUUGGCAUUCUUUGUUAAACAAGAGCAAUGUUAAAGCCAUAGUGGCUGAAUUAAUUAUGUGCCAUAUUUAAUAUCUAUGGACUGCUGUAUGACAUUCAAACCUCUUUAGUAUUACAAUUUAGUUCAAGUUUAUUUUCUAAUAGAAAGCUUUCUUUUUUUAUUCCCUUUUAUUCCCUUUUUAUUCACUAUAUUAACAUUUUAUAACUCAUCAAUACCAAACAAGCUUCUUAAUGAUUUUUACUUUUCAUUAUUUAUCCGGGUGUUAGCACUGUACCACAUUUCUAAUUUUCUUUUUAUCAAUGAACAAGAUCAUAAGUGAUUGAAAUGUGUCAUAUAAUGAAAAGCAGGAGAAAAAAUAUCUGAGUGAUCAGAUCUAUAAGAUGAUUCGCAUUUAACAGCUGCAUGUAUUUACACAUAGUUGCGUCCUUUUGUCUGUAUCUAGACAAAGUUGUUGCACUGCCUGUCUCUUUAGCACAGUUGCACACACUUGAAAUCAUUUGACGUGUCCCUCAUUGUUAUGGCCUCUGCUGAGAUUUUGAAUUUUAUUCGUAAUGCUCAGUAACCACUCCUAACUUGUUUAAUGAAAACACGUUCAUCCUUCUUUCUUCUUUUUGUUGUUGUGUUUUUGUUCAUAUGUCCUAUGUUGUUGCUAGCAAAAGACAGUGGCAUGCUUGGGAACCGAAGGCUUUUAUCUGAGGUCAUGACACAACUUCGUGGACCAUGCUAACGAGCACUCAAGUGUAUUCAACUACAUGGAUCUCAAAUGUGAUAACAAAUCAAUACUAAGAGAUUAAUCAACUGUCCAUGUGGCAGGCUGGGUUUUCUCAUUUUCUCACCAAAUGAGUUUUUUUUUUUUUCAUAUGUAUCCGUUAUUGUUUUUUAUAUGUAUCUGUUCAGCACCAACUGUGUUUGCGAGAUAUUGGCAUGUCCACAUCGUUUUGAAUUCUAGUUUAAAAGUACUCUAAUGCAUGGAGGGUUCUGAAUACUUUAUUCACUUAGUAAGCUUUCUCUCAAAAAUAAACCUUGCUUUAUCUGUAUGUAGCAGUCUCAUGAGAUUUUUGUUGUUGUUGCUUCUCAAUUGAAUAAGUAGUUAUGUACUUCUCUGUGAGCCACCAAUGCACGAUGGCAUAAGGAUAUGACUAUAUGCAUGAGAUCUAAUUUUAAUAAAUGCAUUCACACGAUGUAAUCAAUAGGUGUAGGUAAGUUUGCAAGUGUGCUUCACAAUACAAAAUUAUCUUUUGGAAUUGUAAUACUUGUAGUUUAAAUAUUAUGACUGCAGCAAUAAAAUAACGAGCUAUCAGGAUGGAGGCCAAUGUAGGAAGUGUACUGUCCAGUUGUGAAUUGGUACUUGCACACUUAAGGCACAAAUUAUAGACUGUCAGCAGUGUUUAUGUGCAUUGAUAAAGCAUCUUGCAAUCUUAAUGAUAUUAGUUGUGUACUGUGGUGUCUGGAAAGUCGCAAAUGCACGUUUCUUGUCUCUUCGAUGUCAUGUUGUUUUAUACUGUUUAUACUCAAUAAAUCGAGUUGCAAUGUCUU